CUUUCGGGACGGCAGCGGGAAGAUGGCAGCCCCCAGGGACCAGCUUGAAGCUAUGGAGGCAGAGGGGAUCUCGGGGCGCCGGGGAGGAUCAGGAGUGGAGGUGGUUCUUUCUCCGUAUCCCGCCGCCCCCGCCCCACUGUGUCCUCACGGACCUACUCUUCUGUUUGUAAAGGUGAACCAAGGGAAAGAAGAAACACGGAGGUUUUAUGCCUGCUCAGCCUGUAGAGAUAGGAAAGACUGUAAUUUUUUUCAAUGGGAAGAUGAAAAGGUGUCAGGAGCUAGACUUGCUGCGCGAGAAGCUCAUAAUCGAAGAUGUCAGCCUCCCCUAUCUCGAAAACAGUGUGUGGAAAGGUACUUGAAGUUUAUUGAGUUGCCCUUAUCUCAAAGAAAGUUUUGUCAAAGAUGUCAGCAGUUGCUUUUACCAGACAAUUGGGGGAAGCAUCAGGAGCAUCCAGUGGUGGGUGAUGUUUCUAUCACGCAGUUAAAAAGGCCCAGUCAACUCCUCUAUCCUCUGGAAAAUAAGAAGACAAAUGCCCAGUAUUUGUUUGCUGAUAGGAGUUGUCAAUUCUUGGUAGACCUGCUUUCUACCCUGGGAUUCAGAAGAGUACUAUGUGUUGGAACUCCAAGGUUGCAUGAGCUGAUCAGAUUGAACGCAUCAGGUGACAAGAAGUCUAACUUUAAAAGCCUUUUAUUGGAUAUUGAUUUUCGGUAUUCACAGUUUUAUAUGGAAGAUAGCUUUUGCCAUUAUAACAUGUUUAACCAUCAUUUCUUUGAUGGAAAGGCUGCCCUUGAAGUAUGCAGAGCAUUUUUACAGGAAGAUAAAGGUGAAGGAGCUAUUAUGGUGACAGAUCCUCCUUUUGGUGGCUUGGUUGAACCUCUGGCUGUUACAUUCAAGAAGUUAAUUGCUAUAUGGAAAGAAGGUCAAAGCCAAGAUGACAAUCACAAAGAACUACCCAUUUUCUGGAUUUUCCCUUAUUUCUUUGAAUCCCGAAUUUGUCAUUUUUUUCCAAGCUUCUGCAUGCUGGAUUACCAGGUAGAUUAUGAUAAUCAUGCACUUUACAAACAUGGAAAGACAGGUCGAAAACAGUCUCCUGUGCGUAUUUUCACGAACAUUCCACCCAACAAAAUAAUCCUUCCUGCUGAAGAAGGGUACAGAUUUUGCCCACUGUGUCAACGAUAUGUUUCUCUAGAGAAUCAACACUGUGAGCACUGUAAUUCUUGUACAUCAAAGGAUGGCAGGAAAUGGAACCAUUGCUUUCUCUGCAAAAAGUGUGUAAAACCUUCCUGGAUCCACUGUAGCAUUUGCAAUCACUGUGCUGUUCCAGAUCAUUCUUGCAAGGGCCCUAAAGAUGGCUGCUUUAUUUGUGGUGAAUUAGAUCACAAACGUACUACUUGUCCUAACAUCUCUACAUCUAAGAGAGCUAACAAGACUGUCAGCAAGCAGAAGCAAAGAAAAAGUAAUAAGAUGAAACUGGAGACCACUAAAGGAACAUUCAUGAAUCAUACAUCUGUUACAAGGCAAAAGAAAAGGAGGGAAAGAGCCCAUCAAUAUCUUUGCUCUUAAAUGUCCAGUGACUUGAAAAUAAGAAAGAUUUAUGGUCCAACCUUUGAUGCCAUUUUCUGAAAGUACCACAGUGGACUUAAAUUCAGUUGCUUUCGAAAUUAUGCAUCUUGCUAGGCUAGAUCGAGGCAGGCAGUAUUUUGCUGGUUUGUAGACUCCUCAUCUGCCUCUCUGGAGACCUGAGGAGUUGUCACUCAUCCUUAGCUGGUUUACUAGCACUCUCUGCAUGCCUUUUUUUCUUUUUAAAUCUUUUCCAAUCAUAUUAUGUUAGGCUUCUUUAUCUGAAAUAUGGGCAUACAGCAUUCUUUUGCAACACUCUUUUACAACAUUCUUUUGCAGAAGAAAAUGCAAGUGAAAAUCUAUCAGGUUUUGUUUACACUGAACAUAAAAACUGUUAGCUUAGAUAUGGAAAUAUUUUAAGUUAAAUAUUAAAAUACUAUAUGAUGGUUUUCAACUCCUCUUGAAAAGUACAGUAUACAGUUAUUUUCAGACUGACUCAAGAUGAUGGAAAAAAUUUUGAAGAAUGUACUGUAAAGAAAUAAGGAUUAUGGUUGCAUUAUUAUUAAAUAUUAAUUUUUAACAUACUUUUUGCAGUUAUCUUUUUUUAGCAGUUAAAAUAACCCAAACAUCCAUCUCUUAAUUGUAUAGAAUCACUUAAAUGUGUGUGAAAUGAAUGAGACUGUUUCAGUUUGCUAAAGCUGUUGGAAUGUAAUAUACCAGAAAUGGGUUGGCUUUUUCAAUGGGGAUUUA